AUGGCGAAGUCUAUUUCGGACCAGAUCGCUGCGAUAGCGAACGAGCCGGCAGUUCCGGACUAUGAUAUCGAAGAUGAAGACGUAUUUCAGCACCGUGAGCACAGUGGAGACGAGCUAAGUGAGUCUGAGGACGACACACAGGCCAAGUCACACUAUGUCUCGGUGGGCAAAUCACGGCUGCGGGAUCAGGGCAUCGCGCUUAAAGAUGAGAAGUACUCGGGCCAAAAGGGUUCACGUAAGGCACUGAGUGAAGGCCAGAGUGAAGGCGAGAGCGAGGUCGAUAGCGAAAGUGAGAUUGAGAGCGAGAGCGAAAGCGAGAUCGAAACUGAAAACAAAAGGAGAGGUAGCGAGCCUGCAGAUGAGAGUGAUGGCUCCAGCAACAGCGAAAGCGACGGUAAAAGCGAUGAUGGCGGGGAUAGCGAAAGCAGCGAAGAUAGCGCGGAUGAGGGCGUUUCUGCCGAUCAGGGCGACGAACGGCGCCGCCGUCUCGCCGCGCUGGUCCAGCGCGACGCUCGCGACGCCGUGGCAAGACUCUCAGACACCACCCGUCGGGACGCCGCCAAAGGUCUUGCCGUACUCCAGCAGACACGUGAGUUCGAUCGCAUCCUUGACGCCCGUAUCAAGCUACAGAAGGCCGUUGCCGCCGCGAACCGCCUGCCGGUCUCAGCCCAGGCCUGGGACGGCCAUCUGCGCGAGUCUGAGACAAACGCUGCUCUACUGUCCGAGACCAUGCGCCUGCUUGAAAAGGUGCUGGCACAGACCCUCGACUUUCGCGCCGAGCUGCAAGAUGCCGCGCCCACGGGAAGCGAUGCCGCAGCCACCCGCAAGCGCACUUUUUCAGAUCUGUGCGAAGACUCGCGCGGCCUCGACGCGAAGCUGCGCGAGUUCCGCGUCGCUGUUCUCAGCAAGUGGUCUCAGCGUGUCGCAGCCGCGUCAGGCCAAUCUGUCCUCGCCGCGUCUAAGUUCAAGGCCAUCCACCAGCCUGCCCACGUCCAAGUUGAGACUCAAUUAGCCGAUAUGCCACGUCUGCUGAGACGUACUGCUCUCAACCGUCGCGACGUCGCCCCGCUAGGCCAGUCAGAGCAUAACAUUGCUGGCGGCGGAGACGUAUCAAACGAUACGCCAGCUAUAAGUGACGGACCAGAGCCCGAUAUCCCACGUGAUUUCGAUGCGAACGCACGUCGUGGACGCACUGCCGACACAACCACUGACUCCUACGUGUUCGAUGACGAGGACUUCUACCGUGUUCUGCUUAAUGACCUCGUGGAUAAGAAGGUUGCGGGCGCCAGUGGCGAUAGCGCGGUUGCUAUAACAUCACGUGCUACUGCCAACAAGAAGCUGCACAAGAACGUCGACACAAAGGCAUCCAAGGGCCGUAAGCUAAACUUCACAGUGCAGGAACCGAUUGCCAACUACGAGGCGCCAGCAAAUGGGGGACUGCGGUGGUCGGACGAGCAGAUUGACGAGUUCUGCGCAGGGCUGCUUGGCCAGCGCGUGAGUUUCGCAGAGGAUGAAAAGGAAGAAGACCGCGACGCUACUGAAGAAACGGCGGAUGGUGAGUUGUUGCAAGCAGACGGUAUUCGUCUCUUCGGUUGA